UAUUACAGAUUAUUCAUUGGAUAUUUCUCAACCUGAAACUCUCCAGUUUUAUGAACAUGUCCUCUGAUAUGAACACUCUUCUCUUCUCUAUUUUAACAGUUAUCCUUUUCAUUAUGGGUUCGAUUAUCACAAGAUCUUACAUAUUGGCUUUGUUUGGCUUGCCAUUUUACGUUGUAGCAGGGAUCACAGUAUCAUCAGUGGUCACUUACAUUAGAGAAUUGAUUUCAGACGACCACCGGCCACCAGUGGCUGGUCCGAUGAUCAAUCAAUUGAUACAAUUUAGCAAACUUUUUGAUUAUCAAACAACUCUUGCUCGGAAGCACUCUACAUACCGUCUAAUUACUCCCUCGCAUACUGAAAUAUAUACUGCUGAUCCAGUCAAUGUUGAGUACAUCCUUAAAACCAAUUUCUCUAAUUAUGGCAAGGGAGAGUAUAAUUGUGGAAUAAUGAAGGAUCUUUUUGGUGAUGGGAUUUUCGUGGUGGAUGGUGAUAAAUGGCGCCAUCAAAGAAAGCUUGCAAGUUAUGAAUUCUCCACAAAAGUAUUGAGAGAUUUCAGCAGUGCUGUUUUUCGAUCUAAUACAGCUAGAUUAUCUUUGAAGGUUUAUGCAGCUGCACUAGCUAAUAGAGAGAUGGAUUUACAGGAUCUGUUGAUGAAAACAACUAUGGACUCAAUAUUUAAGGUGGGAUUUGGAGUUGACCUUAAUACGCUGUCUGGUUCGGAUGAAUUCAGUAAUCAAUUCAUUAAAGCAUUUGAUGACUCCAAUGUUAUUGUAUAUUGGAGAUACGUGGAUGUUUUAUGGAGGAUUAAAAGAUUUCUGAACAUUGGGUUGGAAAGGACUCUCAAGAACAACAUCAAAAUCAUCGACAAUUUUGUUUAUGAAUUGAUACAUCGCAAAAGGGAGCAGAUGAAAAAUGUAAAGGAUGCAAGAGAAGACAUGCUGUCGAGGUUCCUUGUAGAGAGCGAGAAGGAUAGAGAGAAAAUGACUGAUCAAUAUUUGAGAGACAUAACUCUGAGUUUCAUCAUUGCCGGCAAGGACACAUCGGCGAACACACUAACUUGGUUGUUUUACAUGCUAUGUAAAAAUCCUACGGUUCAAGAAAAGGUUGCCCUUGAAGUCAGACUAGCAACAGAGGUUAAGGAUUUCUUAUCUUUUGAUGAAUUUGUCCUCAGAUUAACUGAUGUCGCAUUGGAAAGAAUGCAAUAUCUACACGCAGCUCUAACAGAGACUCUCAGGCUAUAUCCUGCGGUUCCUCUGGAUGGUAAGAGUUCAGAAGACGACGAUAUUUUACCAGAUGGUUACAAAAUAAAGAAAGGAGAUGGCAUGAAUUAUAUGCCCUAUGCUAUGGGAAGAAUGACAUACAUUUGGGGAGAAGACGCUGAGGAAUUUCGACCAGAAAGAUGGCUUGAAAACGGCAUAUUCCGGGCCGAAAGCCCUUUCAAAUUUACUGCUUUUCAGGGUGGACCUCGAAUAUGUUUGGGGAAGGAAUUUGCUUAUAGACAAAUGAAGAUCAUGGCAGCUGCUCUUAUCUUCUUCUUCAGAUUCAAACUUGUUGAUCAAAGUAAGGAAGCUACUUACAGAACUAUGUUCACUCUUCAUAUGGACAAAGGGCUGCAUCUCUAUGCUUUUCGUCGCCAAAGCUGAAACUAUCACUCCCAUAUAUAUAUAUAUAUUAUCAUUGUAUCCUUAAUUCUUCUAAAUAAAUAUAUGUGGUUCUAGUUCUCAAUAAA